CCUUCGCCCUCCGCAGAUGACCUGGCCGAGGAGAUGGAGGACGUGGACUUUGAGGAGGAGGGGGCAGAAGAGGCCGAUGCCGAGGCUUGGGAGUCGGAGGAUGACGAGGGGGUGGAGGACGGCAUGGAGGCACAGGACGACAGUGAGGUCACGUUCUCGCUCCACUCGGCUUCUGUCUUCUGUGUGAGCCUUGACCCCAAGACCAACACGCUGGCAGUGACAGGCGGAGAGGAUGACAAGGCCUUCGUGUGGCGUGUGAGUGAUGGAGAGCUCCUGUUUGAGUGCUCAGGACACAAGGACUCGGUCACCUGUGCUGGCUUCAGUCACGACUCUGUGUUCGUGGCCACAGGUGACAUGUCAGGGCUUAUCAAAGUGUGGCGGGUGGAUGCCAAGGAGGAGGUGUGGUCCUUCGAGGUGGGGGACUUGGAGUGGAUGGAGUGGCACCCUCAAGCCCAUGUGCUUCUGGCUGGUACAGCUGAUGGCAACACCUGGAUGUGGAAGAUCCCCAGUGGGGACUGCAAAACCUUUCAGGGUCCAGCGUGCCCAGCCACAUGUGGCAGGAUCCUGCCUGAUGGGAAGCGAGCAGUGGUGGGGUAUGAGGAUGGGACCAUGCGCAUCUGGGACCUGAAGCAGGGAACAUCACUGCAUGUUCUGAAAGGCCAGGAUGGCCAUCAGGACCCCUUGACUUGUGUGGCCAGCAACCAGGAUGGCAGUUUGAUCAUGACUGGCUCUGUGGACUGUCACGCCAAGCUGGUCAACUCCGCCACGGGCAAGGUGGUGUGCGUGUUCAAGAUGGAGAGCGUGACCCCCAAGGCACCCAUCAGUGAGGGCGAGGAGGCAGAGUCCAACUCAGUGGAGUCGCUGGGCUUCUGUAAUGUGAUGCCACUGGCUGCUGUGGGCUACCUUGACGGCACACUGGCUAUUUACGACCUCUCCACACAGAGCCUAAGGCAUAAGUGCCAACACGAGUCGGGGAUCGUGCAGCUGCUGUGGGAGGAGAGCUCGGCCGUGGUGUACACCUGCAGCCUGGAUGGGGCCGUGCGGCUCUGGGACGCCCGCUCGGGGAAGAUGAUCAGCGAGUACCGAGGGCACUCUGCUGAAAUCCUCGACUUCGCCGUCAACAAGGAUGCCUCCAUUGUGGUGACCACCUCUGGCGACCACCAAGCCAAAGUGUUCUGCGUCCAGCGCCCCGAUCGCUAGAACUGUGUCAAGGGAUGGCGUCCUGGCGCUGCCCGGCGCCUUGAGGGACGAGGGACAUGGUUUCACCACCCUUCUCCAGUGCGUGCUUUGUAAUUUUUCCAGCCUGCCCUGCUUUGCCCUCACCAUCUAGGGGCCAAGCCAGGG